AUGGCGCUCGGCGGCGCCGCCGCCCUGCCGAGAGCUGCUUUACGCGCUUGCGAGUUGAGCGCGGCCGCCGGGUCUCUGCGAGCUGCCGCAGCACGAGUAGCGCCGGCAUCCGCGUGCGUUGGGCAGAGCUCCUCCCGGAGCAAGCCCGGCGGCUGCCCCCGCGCCCUGACACCGUCAGUGGUGUUAGAGCGGGCGCUGGAGAAUAAAACAGAAGGGAAGCUUCAGAGGCAGAUUUGUCAAGUUGUUUUGAACCACUUUGAGAAGCAGUACACAAAGGAACUGGGAGAUGCAUGGACCGGAGUCAGGGAUGUACUCACACAACCCCUGUGCUGGCAGUACGCUGUUCUUCUUAACAAAUUCAGCUGGUCCUUGGAGUUGCAGAACACUUUGUGUUUGAAGGGGUAUCAUCCUCUCUUUCAAGAAACUUUGCCAUAUCUGCCGAGAUCAUUGAAGUGUUACAUCAGUAGAACUCCUGGGAGAUUCCCAGCACAGAAGCACCAGCCUGGUAAACUCAAAGACUAUUACCUGCUGAAUGCAGCCUCGCUCUUGCCGGUGCUGGCGUUGGAGGUGAAAGAUGGGGAAGAGGUUCUGGAUGUAUGUGCUGCCCCAGGGGGUAAAUCAGUAGCCAUACUGCAGUGUGCCUAUCCAGGUCAGUUUCACUGUAACGAGUAUGAUGAUUUGAGAUCAAGACGGUUGAAACAGACACUAGAAUCCUUCAUUCCAUCCCCUUUGAUCAACUCGGUAACUGUUUCUAAACUGGACGGCAGACAGAUCGGAGAUCUCCAUCCGGAAUUAUAUGACAAGAUAUUGGUGGAUGCUCCGUGUUCAAAUGAUAGAAGCUGGUUAUUCUCUUCUGAUGUUCAUCAAGCUACACUUAGGCUAAUGCAAAGGAAGGAGUUAUCUUCCCUCCAAUUACAGCUGCUAAGGUCUGCUGUUAAAGCGUUGCGUCCUGGUGGAUCACUGGUCUAUUCUACAUGCACUCUCUCAAAGGCAGAAAACAGUGAUGUAAUAAAUCUCAUUCUAAACUCAUGCAGUAAUAUUCUGCCUGUAGAUAUAAGCGAUAUGGGCAAAGCUGUUUCCCAGGAAUUCACUCUCCUCAGUGGUACGCAACAGCAUGAACUUCUGGUUCUCCCAGAGAAGGGGAAAGCAUGGGGUCCAAUGUAUGUAGCUAAAUUAAAGAAAAAAUAUCAUCCAUAUGAUGCCUUCAGUUUAUUUUAAAGAAUAUGUGAUUAAUUCAUAUUUUUUCUAAUAUAUUGUGUGUAUAUGAACUAUUGUAGAUAACCAAGUCAACUGAAUUUAGAACUUUGCAAUUUUGUACCAGCUAUUCUCAA